AUGGCGCCGUGCCAGGUUUGCCUCCGCCAUGGGGUGCAGGGCGAGGCGCUGCCGGGCUUGGCUUUCUGCGCCGCACAUGGUGGCGCCUCCGGCGACGACGACGCGACGGGCCUCACCCAGGCUGCUGCGAACCUUGCCGUGCAACCCCCUCCUGGACUACCAGGCCACGGCCCUCUUCCGGACGCAUGGCUCGCGGAAUUCAUGGAUGAUGAAAUGGCGCAGCAUUUUGGGCUGGUGCAGGCCGCCAACAUGACGCUGCCGCAGGACCUGCAGAAUCUCCCCAUCAAGAUUCCCUCCACCUGGGAGGCCCUCCGCGCCAUUCUGCUGAAACUAGCCUACAACCCCGUCUCCGCCAACCCAUGGAAUGUCUUGGGUUUCGGCCCACUCGACGGCCCCGCGCCUACCGAGCAGGGCAUCGCAAGUCGCACGCGGACGGCUACCAUCCUGUGCUCCCUCGGUCAGGCUGCCGAUUGGGACCCGGCUGGGAGAGCGAGCGCGGAGGCGGCCGCUGCUCACUUCGCGACCGCUGGCGCGCGGUGCGCGGAGCAGUUGGACGAGGUUUUGCGCGAGCGUCGCCGUCUCCGUCCCUCCGAGCUCCCACGAUGGAAAGAGUUGGGAGCGUCUGCGCUACAGGCAGUCCGCGCCAUCCCAACAUGCGCAGACGCCACCUUAGCCACGCAGUGGUCCCAGCUCCUCAGCAACACUACCACGGACCAUUCGGUCAUACUGGAGCAGCACCGUGAAUUGGCCACACUCUUGGAGAAGGGCGACACGCGGGCCCUGGAGAAGAUGGGGGGGCAACAGAUCUUGGCUUGGGCACCGGUGGACACCAAUGCGCUCCAGAGGAUCCUUGCCGGUCUACUCCGACAGCCCGAUCCAGCACUUCGCCCUCAGCGACUUUCGCUUCUGGUUCCGAUCCCCCAUUUUCCUGGUGUCGACUCUCCGGCCAAGCUUUUCGACCUCUGGUGGCACCCGCUCCUCGGCGAGAAGCCGCUGUACAUCUCGUUGGUCCGUGCCGUGGAUAUCAUCCUGCAGCCUGUGGAGUACAUCCUCCCAGGAAGGUCCGCUCCCCGGCAUGUACGGCAGGGCCUCGCGAGCUUCACCAUCACCACGGCAGGACACCGAUCGUCACCGACCGUCUUCUCCCCCUUGGCCCCGCUGCUCCAGCUCCCCGCGGUGAACUCGUUUUGGGUCGACGUCCCGACUCAGCUCUUCCCGAACUUCAUGAUCAAGAUGGUCAGCCCCGAGGUCACCAACCAUGGUGUUUCUUUCCUCUGCCGGCAUACCUCCAGAAGUUGGGGCAGCACUCCGGAGGUCCCGCGCGUGUGCGUGGAGAUCAUUCUACCGAGCUCUCUUUCCGAGGCGGGUUCCAUGCUCGCCAUGCGCUUCCUGCGGAGGACCGUGCUGACUGAGCAGAUGUACCUUGGGCACAAGGAGCUGUACACGUCUCCAGACGCCCUCGUGGUGGAGUGCAACAGCCCGCUGGGACUGGUCCGUGCGUGGCCGUUGUGCUCACAAGCGAUCUUCCUCUCAUCCGACAGGGUGCUCGUCUUCACGUCGGCCUCCGUGGAGUCGUGGACCGCGCUGCUCGACAGGGGCCUCCGGGAGGAUGAGAACCGCGCGAUCACGAACAUUAAGCACAAGGCCAGCAGCUAUG